GAUACAGAUAAAAGGGAAAUUUCACGAAAGACAACGGAGAGGUCUCCAAAGUUUUUCCUAGUGGAAUUGUCCUAGUGGAAUUCCUAGUGGAAUUGUUUGUCUCCUGCAGACACGGUUCUAAUACCGAUAAUGGAAUUGCACAUAGCGGAAUGAUGACCAGCUGAACAGUCUAGCCCAGUGUCAAAAUACUCACAUUUUUUUCUGUGAUUGUGCUGAGCUAAGAACCACUAACAGCGAUCAGUCAUUUGUAUUUAAGUAGGAGAAAAUCUCCUCUGAUCCCGUUUCUCUUCGCCAAAGAGAUGUUGCACUUGCACAGCGAUUCCAGGAAGAUUUAUUUGUGCGCGGGGGGACCAUUCCAUCGCUGCCUCAAGCUCCAUUCAGCUUGUUUUCAGUCUUUGGUCAUCAAUUUUUAGCAUCCCGUUUAUGCCAAACUCGUCACAGUAAGAUUAACACGCGCAUUAUUAAAGGAGUUCCCGUGGUCAGUGUUGAACUUGUUGAACACUUACAAAGACUGGACUGUGCACCGGGAAUUGAGGGCAAACCUACAAAUAGCCUGGGUGGCGUUGCCGGGCGGAACAGAAACAUGAUUGACAGCAAACAAAACUGAGCGGCCUGUCACUCAUCUCUCCAUCAGCGUAUCAAAAGGCUGCCUCCUCCAGGGGCUUGUCACCUCUCUCCUCCUCCACACCUACUUCUCCUCCCUCCAUCCAUCCUCUUCUCUGCUGGAAGGGCCAGUAACCCCGUACCUCGGCGUGCCGUGACCCCACCCCCCCGUUCCCACCCGGCCGGAGAGAUAGACGGCAGAGACCAGGACAGGAGUUGGGAGAGGACUCCAGACCAAAACAAGUGGUGCCCCCCCUCCCCCUCCACCUUGCCCUCCCACUCAUCAAGCUGUUAACAGCAGGCUGGCAUGCUGCCACAGUUCCUUGGCUCCUCUCUCCGUAAAGGUUGGAUUAUUUCAUAAACUCCAAAGCCCUUUUCCUCUGUCUCUCUGUCUCUGUUUCGGGAGAGAGGAAAGACAGUGAUUCCUCAUUGAGAAAGAAACAGCCCUUUUUCUAGAGACCUAGCGUGUCUGAGAGGAAGCAGCCAUGCGCUUCCCUCUGUUGUUGACACUGCAGGCGCUGUGGGCCAGUGUGUGCCAGACCAUGCAGCACUACCCUGCUGCCUGGGGACACUACGACGUGUGUAAGUCUCAGGUGUACACGGAUGAAGGACUCACCUGGGAUUAUAUGGCCUGCCAACCUGAGGCCAUGGACAUGACCAAGUACCUGAAGGUUACGGUGGACCCACCCAACAUCACCUGUGGAGACCCACCUGAGACAUACUGUGCCCUGGAGAAUCCUUACAUGUGUAACAACGAAUGUGACGCCCAAAACGAGGACCUGGCCCACCCUCCGGAGCUCAUGUUCGAUUUCGAGGGUCGGAACCCCACAACCUUCUGGCAGUCCAGUUCCUGGAAGAAAUACCCCAAGGCCCUCCUGGUCAACAUCACACUGUCCUGGAAAAAAACCAUUGAGUUGACCGAUGACAUCGUGGUUACCUUCGAGUCCGGACGCCCGGAACAGAUGGUUUUGGAGAAGUCGCUGGACUACGGUAAGACCUGGCAACCUUACCAGUUCUACGCCACAGACUGUCUAGAUGCCUUCACCAUGGAGCACAAGACUGUCCAGGACUUGACCCAGCACACCCUUCUAGACAUCAUCUGUACUGAGGAAUACUCCAGGGGCUACGUGUGGAAGAACGCUAAAACCGUCCGCUUCGAGAUCAAGGACCGUUUCGCACUGUUCGCCGGGCCACACCUCCACAACAUGGCAUCCCUCUACGGUCAGCUAGACACUACCAAGAACCUGAGGGACUUCUUCACCAUUACAGACCUGAGGGUCCGGCUCCUCCGACCGGCCACCGGGGCCACCAUGGUGGAUGAGAACAACCUGUCCAGAUACUUCUACGCCAUCUCUGAUAUCAAGGUGCAGGGCAGGUGCAAGUGUAACCUUCAUGCCAACAGUUGCGUGUUUGACAAAGAGAAGCUAAAUUGUGAGUGUGAGCACAACACCACGGGACCGGACUGUGGCCGCUGUAAGAGGAACUACCAGGGACGGACGUGGAGCGCAGGAUCCUAUCUUCCAAUCCCCAAGGGCACGGCAAAUACCUGCAUCCCCAGUAACAUUGGUCCAGUUAUUCGGCCGAAUGUCUCAUCCCUAGGUGUUGCUAACCGAAACCAAGCCCGAGUGUGUGACAACGAGCUCCUGCGCUGUCAGAACGGUGGUGUGUGUCUGAACAACCUGCGGUGCCAGUGUACCCCAGCCUACACGGGCCUGCUGUGUGAGAAGCCCCGCUGUGAGUCGGAGCUGGGGAGCUGUGGUGGGCCCAACUCGGGUCAAGCCGCCCUCUCACCUAUAUCGCUCCCCACCCUGCUGCUGCUCCUGCUGGGCUGGAUGCUGCUCAGAGGGUUCUCCUACUGGCCCUGGCCUACUCUGCUCUGAGAACCAUAGACCUACUGUCUAUUCUGAACUGGUGGAGCGUACUGCCCAAUAAUCAACUACAACAACACCCAGAACUACAACAACACCCAGAACUACAACAACAACCAGAACUACAACAACAACCAGAACUACAACUACAACCAGAACUACAACACCCAUGAGUUUAUUCUACUGUACUGUAAUGUACUGUACGAGCUGUCCACCAGACACAGCAAGGACACACACUGUCUGUAAGGAAAUGUGCCAGAAUGAACGCAAAACUUUAAUUUAAGGAAAUAAAAUAAAAAAAUAUAUAUAGAAAUUAGAGUAAAUACCAGAUAUUUAAAAAAGAGUUUAACUUGAGCAUUUGCUUCAUAAAAAGUCAAACCAGUCUGGCAACGGAGACCAGUGACCUAAGCCAUACCAGAGACUUUUCCCCCUUACUGUCAAAAGGUGGGACUGGGGAUGACAGACACUUUACUCACUUCCUCUCUUAUCGCCACGGCAACAGCAGCUGUGAACCAAUCAGCGGCAGCAAGCUCUAGAUAGCAAGGCCAGCAGCUGCAAGCUGCCCCUGUUCCCAGGGGUUUGAUGCUGGCUGCACUGAACUGCUUCUGGGCUGAACUGACUGACUAACUGACUGACUAACUGACUGGCUAACUGACUGGCUGACUACAUAAAACUGUCCCUACCCAUGCUGAUUUGAAAAAUAAAUAAAAAAAGAGAAAUCGAGCCGGAGGAAAAAUAAUAAAAUAAAAAAGGAAAUGUAAGCAUUCUUUGCUGUCAGUAUAUUGUGGAUAUAAGGUAAUCCAUCCAGACUGCCACAAAUCUUACCCAAGUCUAUCUCUCUCUCUCUGUCCUUUUCUUAUUCUGUCCCUCGCUCUGUCUCCCUCUCUCUA